GUCCAGCUCGAUCGCCGCAACGCCCUCGCUGCCCAUAUUGCGCUAUGGACAAAUACCAGAAAAUCGACAAGCUGGGCGAAGGAACUUAUGGGAUUGUAUACAAGGCCCAAAACAAGCUGACCGGCGACAUCGUGGCUCUGAAGCGAAUAAGGCUCGACAAUGAGGAAGAGGGCGUACCAUGCACAGCCAUCAGGGAGAUAUCACUCUUGAAGGAGUUACGGCAUCCAAAUAUUGUCCGCCUGUAUGACGUCAUUCACACGGAAAAAAAGUUGACCUUGGUGUUCGAGUUUAUGGACUCGGACCUGAAGAAAUUCUUGGACAUGAGCAACGGGGAUAUUGAUGUGCCCACAAUCAAGAAUCUCAUGUACCAGCUGAUGCGCGGAAUCGACUACUGUCACCAAAACCGAGUUCUGCACCGCGAUCUCAAGCCUCAAAAUCUUUUGAUCCAUAAGCGAUCAGAGCUCAAGCUUGCAGAUUUCGGACUGGCCCGUGCUUUUGGAAUUCCAGUGCGCAGCUACUCUCACGAGGUCGUGACCCUCUGGUACCGCUCACCGGAUGUGCUGAUGGGCUCUCGACAAUAUUCAACGUCAAUUGACAUGUGGUCAGCUGGAUGCAUCAUGGCCGAAAUGGCAACGGGCCGCCCCCUCUUCAUGGGCACAUCUGUAAAGGACCAACUCCACAAGAUAUUCAAAAUCACAGGCACACCCGACGAAAAGACGUGGCCGAAAAUCACAGAGCUGCCAGACUGGAAGUUGGGCUUUCCGAUCUUUACCAAGGUGAAACUUGACGCCCUGUUCCCCAAGCUCGACGCCAAUGGAAUCGAUUUACUAUCGAGGCUGAUAGAAUGCCAGCCAGAGAAGCGUAUAUCUGCCGAGAAGGCCCUUCAGCAUCCGUUCUUUGAUGACCUGCGACACGAGUAAGCCUGGCUGAAUAUAUAUCACAAUUCUACAGACUCCAUCGGGCGUGUUCGUGAAUGCAAGCGCCCAGUCAGCUGGCUUGCUGGUUUCUUCCUGUUGGUCUUUCAAAAACGAUUGGCAUCGACCUUUUUAUCGUGGCGACUGUAGCUGUC